AUCAGAAACCCCCUCUGCCUCUGCCUCUCCCUCAAUUUCAACUUCAUUUUCUUUCAGGACUUUUCACAAACACAUUGAUCACUUAUAGUUUUUCGAAACGUUUCUUUUACUUCACCAUGGCUAGACCGCAACAACGAUACCGUGGCGUCCGUCAAAGGCAUUGGGGCUCCUGGGUUUCAGAAAUUCGCCAUCCUUUACUGAAGACAAGAAUAUGGCUAGGCACAUUCGAAACCGCGGAAGAUGCCGCUAGAGCGUACGAUGAAGCCGCAAGAUUAAUGUGCGGACCGAAAGCCCGGACAAAUUUUGCAUACAAUCCGAACGAACCACAAUCCUCAUCAUCAAAAUUGCUAUCAGCAACACUAGCAGCUAAAUUACAUAAAUGCCACUUGGCAUCUCUACAACAAGUGGCAAAGAAAAAUAAUAGUACGAUUAGUUCAAAACAAACUUAUGACCAUGCCCAAUUCAGCUCCGGCAAUGGCAUUGUCGGAACAAGUACACAGACCGGCUUUACUUGGCCGGACCGGAAAUGGCUGGACGAGGAAAAUCAAAGUGGGAAUAGCCAGCAAGAGGUUAAUGCACUUGAAGAUCAUCAUAUUGAGCAAAUGAUUGAAGAGUUGCUUGAUUAUGGUUCUAUGGAAUUUUGUGUGUCUUAGAUUAAAAUAAAAUUAAAAUUGUCACAUCUUUUAUAUAUUUUCUAUUGUUUCCCUUAAUUGUUACCUUUCACUUUUUUUGUUAAUAAUUAGUUGUUUUUAUGUA